GGAGAGUGUUGGGACCAGGGCUGGAGAAGACCGCCGGGGAGCAUCAGAGAAAAGAUCCGGUCCUGUGCACGGAGCCUCGACUGGGCGAACGCGGCGCCGUGCGCUUUUCUUUUUUUGGGGGGGACUGCACAACAUUCCUGUGAAAUAUAACUGCUAUUAAUGGCAUGUGGCUUGUAACUUUACUCCUGCUGUAUUCUUUGCAAGAAGCCAACAGUGAGGAUGUUGUCUCUACUCGGCUGUACUUUGUGAACGCCUCCCUGCAGCGAGUGACCUUCUCCAGCUCGGUGGGGGUGUCCCUGCCCUGCCCUGCGGGCGGCGCCCCCCAUGCCGUCCUGCGCUGGUACCUGGCUGCCGGAGACGACAUUUACGACGUGCCCCAUAUACGCCACGUGCAUGCCAACGGCACCCUCCAGCUCUACCCUUUCUCCCCCUCUGCUUACAACAGCAUCAUCCAUGACAACGAGUACUUCUGUACCGCCGAGAAUCAAGCGGGCAAGAUCCGAAGCCCCAGCAUCCACGUUAAAGCAGUGUUCAGGGAGCCCUACACAGUCCGAGUGGCAGACCAGCAUUCCAUGCGGGGUAACAUUGCCGUAUUCAAGUGCCUCAUCCCUUCAGCUGUUCAAGAGUACGUCAGCGUGGUGUCCUGGGAGAAAGACACUGUUUCCAUCAUCCCUGGUAAUCGUUUCUUCCUGACCUCAUUUGGCGCUUUAUAUAUCUCAGAAGUGCAGAAGGAAGAUGCUUUGUCCACCUACCGCUGCAUCACAAAGCACAAGUACAGUGGAGAGACCCGCCAGAGUAAUGGAGCCAGGCUCUCUGUAAAGGACCCUAAGGAAUCCCCCCCAUCUGUGCUGGAUAGUUUCCAGUCUGGUGAGAUGCAGGUUGGACACAGCGUGGAGUUGUCCUGCAUUGCCUCCGGAUAUCCAAAUCCCACCAUCCGAUGGUUGAAGGAUGGUCGACCACUGCCAGCUGACUCUCGCUGGACACGCCGGAUCACUGGCCUCACUAUCUCCGACUUAAGACUUGAGGACAGUGGCAACUACAUCUGUGAAGUCACAAACAGCUUUGGCUCCAAAGAGGUGACAGGUCAUCUCAAUGUUAUAGAACCACUGCGGGUCACUUUGUCUCCAAAGAACCUCAAGACGGGGAUCAGCAGUACAGUAAUCCUCUCCUGUGCCGUCCAGGGUUCCCCCCACUUUACUGUUUCCUGGUACCGUAACACAGAGCCUGUAAUGCCUGAUCAGCACUUUUCCAUCCAAGGAACACACAAUGAGACACUCUUCAUUUCUGCUGCACAAAAAAGACAUUCUGGAGCUUACCAGUGCUUUGCCUCACGAAAGGGCCAGACUGCCCAGGACUUCUCCAUCAUACUGCUGGAAGAUGGUACGCCCCGUAUUGUCGCCUCCUUCAGCGAACGAGUGGUGGUCCCUGGUGAGCCGUUUUCCCUGAUGUGUGCUGCCAAAGGGGCCCCUCCGCCUACCAUCACCUGGACCCUGGAUGAUGAGCCCGUGGCUCGGGAUCUGUCACGUGUGAGAUCCAGCCAGUACACGCUCUCCGAUGGGAGCACCGUUAGCUUCGUCAACGUCAGCAGCCCGCAGAUUCGUGAUGGAGGAGUGUAUCGGUGCGCCGCACGAAACUCGGCUGGUAGUGCUGAGUACCAAGCGCGCAUAAACGUAAGAGGGCCUCCAAAGAUUAGGCCUAUGAAGAAUAUUACAGCGGUGGCAGGAAGAAACACUUUCAUAAACUGCAGAGUAAUUGGGUAUCCUUAUUACUCAAUUAACUGGUACAAGGAGGGAAUUCUGCUGCCUGACAACCAUCGGCAGGUGGUGUUUGAGAAUGGGACACUUAAGCUCAGCGAUGUUCAGAAAGGCAUGGAUGAGGGCGCCUAUGUGUGCAGCGUGCUGAUCCAGCCACAGCUAUUCAUCACACAAACCAUUUAUGUCACCGUCAAAGUCCCCCCGCUGAUCCAGCCGUUUGACUUUCCCCCAACCUCCAUCGGUAAAUUGAUGUACAUCGCCUGUGUGGUGUCAUCUGGAGACAUGCCCAUACGAAUCACCUGGCGUAAGGACGGCCAGGAGAUCGUGCCCUCCUCGGGGAUCACCAUCGACACAAAGGAGUUCAUGAGUUCACUGCAGAUUUCCAAAGUGUCGCUCAAACACAACGGCAACUACACCUGCAUCGCUAGCAACGAUGCUGCUACAGUCAGCACAGAGAGGCAGCUCAUAGUUACAGUCCCUCCACGAUUUGUUGUGCAGCCCAACAACCAGGAUGGCAUCUAUGGCAAAUCAGCAAUCUUGAACUGUUCUGUUGAUGGAUACCCUCCUCCUAAGGUCAUGUGGAAGCACGCCAGAGGAGCUUUAGCUGGGAUUGGAAACCCACAGCAGUACCACACAGUUCCUCUAACUGGCCGCAUUCAGAUCAUGACUAAUGGCUCCCUGUUGAUCAGACAUGUCCUGGAGGAAGAUCGAGGUUUCUACCUCUGUCAGGCCUCCAAUGGCGUGGGUUCGGACAUCAGCAAGAGCAUGGUCCUCACUGUUAAGAUCCCAGCAAUGAUCACCAGUCACCCCAACACUACCAUGGCCAAGAAAGGUCAUGUGAAGGAGCUGAACUGCACAGCCAGAGGAGAAUGGCCCAUCAUCAUCCGUUGGGAAAGAGGUGAUACAGUGAUUGACCCAGAUCGCAACCCCCGGUACUCCAUAACCACAAGCCCCAACGAAAAGACAGAUGAGGUGUUGUCUACUCUCAAGCUAAAGCCAGCAGAGCGUGAAGAUUCAGUCUUCUUCUCUUGUCAUGCUAUCAACUCUUAUGGAGAAGGACGAGGCCUUAUCCAACUAACUGUGCAAGAGCCUCCAGACCCUCCAGAGCUUGAAGUGCGAGAAGUAAAGGAUCGUAGCAUGAAUCUUCGAUGGACACAAAGAUUUGAUGGAAAUAGCGUCAUUACCUCCUAUGACAUUGAAUACAAAAACAAGACAGAUACUUGGGAGCUGAAGCAUGCCACUCGAAAUAUAUCUCCCACAAACAAUCAGGCCAACAUAGUAGACCUCCACCCUGCAUCCGUCUACAGUAUCCGUAUGUUCUCAUACAAUGCAAUAGGCAAGAGUGAGGCCAGUAAAGAGCUCACCAUCAGCACUGAAGAAGCACAGCCUGAUGGUCCUCCAGUGGAUGUCGUCCUUCAGCCAGUCACCUCUCAAAGUAUCCGGGUGACCUGGAAGGCUCCAAGAAAGGAGCUACAGAAUGGGGUUAUUCGCGGUUACCAGAUCGGCUACAGAGAGAAUGGCCCUGGCAGCAACGGCCAGUAUAGCAUUGUUGAGAUGAAAGCCACUGGGGACAGUGAGGUCUACACCCUGGACAACCUGAAGAAGUUUGCUCAGUAUGGUGUGGUUGUCCAGGCCUUCAACAGAGCGGGCACAGGACCUUCAAGCUCAGAGAUCAAUGCGACAACACUGGAGGAUGUGCCUAGUCAGCCUCCUCAGAACGUUCGAGCCAUCUCUGUAACGUCAGAUGAGGCGGUGAUCAACUGGGCUGAACCUCCUAGAAUGACUCUCCAUGGUGUACUGAAGGGAUAUCGUGUUGUGUUCUGGGCUGUGUUCCCAGACGGAGAGUGGGGUGAAAUGCAAAACAUUACAACCACUAAGGAGCAGGUGGAGCUCAAAGGCCUCGAGAAGUUCACCAACUACAGCAUCCAGGUUCUGGCCUUCACCCAGGCCGGAGAUGGUGUUCGGAGCAACGUCCUGUAUAUCCAAACCCGUGAAGACUAUCCCGGACCUCCAGCUGGCAUUAAAGCAGUGCCCUCCUCUGCCAGCAGUGUCGUAGUGUCGUGGUUACCCCCUCACAAACCAAAUGGAAUCAUCCGCAAGUACACCAUCUACUGCUCCAGCUCCGGCUCCGGCCAACCGCUGCCAAGUGAGUAUGAAGCUAACCCAGAACUUCUUCUUUACCGAAUCACCCACCUGAACCACCGGCAGCAGUACCUGAUCUGGGCUGCCGCUGUCACCACCGCCGGCCGCGGUAACAUCAGCGACAAAGUCACGGUGGAGCCUGCUGCAAAGGCCCCUGCCAAAAUCUUAUCAUUUGGAGGUACAGUAACCACUCCUUGGAUGAAGGAGGUGCGUCUGCCUUGUAGUUCCGUAGGUGAACCAACACCUACCAUCAAAUGGACCAAAGACAGUGAGGACACAGCAAUCCCAGUGUCUCUCGAUGGACAGCGUCUCAUUCUGGCGAACGGGACACUGGUGCUGCGAUCCGUCAAAGCUGAAGACUCUGGUUAUUACACCUGCACAGCUACCAACACAUUGGGCUUCGACACCAUCAUAGUCAACCUUUUGGUGCAAGUCCCUCCAGAUCAGCCUCGUCUAACCGUUUCCACCACCUCCACCUCCUCUAUUACUCUCGCCUGGAUUCCAGGGGACAAUGGAGGCAGCUCCAUCAGAGGCUUUGUGCUACAGUAUUCUGUUGAUAACACAGAAGAAUGGAAAGAUGUUUUCAUCAGUUCAUCAGAGCGUUCAUUUAAACUGGAGAGCCUGCGCUGUGGGACCUGGUACAAAGUCAAGCUGGCUGCCAAGAACAGCGUUGGAGCUGGACGCAUCAGCGAGAUCAUUGAGGCAAAGACCCACGGGCGAGAGCCUCAGUUCAACAAAGACCAGCCGAUCUUCACCUACGUCAACUCCACCCAUGCUCGCCUCAACCUGCAGGGCUGGGCCAGCGGAGGCUGUCCAAUCACCUCAAUGACACUGGAAUUCAGACCAAAAGGUAUGUGGACAUGGCAGCAUGUCCGCACCAACGCCACCACAGAUGUGUUUCUGGCAGAGCUGCGUGAAGGCACCUGGUAUGAGCUGAAGAUGAAAGCUUGUAACAGCGCUGGCUGUGGCAACCAGAGUUCUCAGUUUUCAACACCGAACUAUGAUGGCAGCACCAUUCCUCCCAUUAAGUCCCCCUUGGAAAAAAAUGAUGACGUGAAGAAACUGUUUUCAAUUGGCUGUCCUGUGAUUCUGGUGACUCUUGGGGUUGCGCUGCUGUUUGUCGCCAUUCGCAAGAAACGCAAAGAGAAGAGGCUGAAGAGACUCCGAGAUGCCAAAAGCCUGGCAGAGAUGCUCAUCAGUAAAAACAACCGCAGCUUUGACACGCCAGUGAAAGGACCUCCUCAGGGCCCACGGCUACACAUUGACAUCCCCAGAGUGCAGCUGCUAAUUGAGGACAAAGAAGGCAUCAAGCAAAUUGGAGAUGACAAGGCCACUAUUCCUGUGACAGACACAGAGUUCAACCAAACUGGGAAUCCUCAGAGCUUCUGCACUGGUGUUUCUGUCCACCACCCUGCCCUCAUCCAAAACACAGGUCCUUUGAUAGACAUGUCUGACAUCAGACCAGGAACCAACCCAGUGUCAAGGAAGAGUGUCAAGUCAGCCCACAGCAUCAGGAACCGCUACUCCAGUCAGUGGACUCUGACCAAGUGUCAGGCUUCAACGCCAGCCCGCACUCUCACUUCAGACUGGCGCACAGUUGGUUCUCAGCAUGGUAUCACUGUCACAGAGAGUGACAGCUACAGUGCCAGCCUCUCACAGGACACAGACAAGGGGCGCAACAGCAUGGUGUCCACCGAGAGUGCCUCCUCCACCUACGAAGAACUGGCGAGAGCCUACGAGCAUGCAAAGCUGGAGGAACACCUGCAACAUGCCAAAUUUGAGAUUACAGAGUGCUUUAUAUCCGACAGCUCAUCUGAUCAGAUGACCACAGGUACCAAUGACAACGCAGACAGUAUGACGUCUAUGAGCACACCAUCAGAGCCCGGUAUCUGCCGUUUCACUGCCUCACCACCCAAACCCCAAGACUACGAUCGUGGCAAGAAUGUAGCCGUGCCCAUUCCACACCGCGCCAAGAGCGACUACUGCAACCUGCCCCUGUACAUGAAGUCCGAUCCCUUUUUCCGAAAGCAGUCAGAACAUCAUGACCCAUGUCCAGUUGUUCCACCACGCGAAGCCUCUAUUCGUGGCCUAGCCCAGCGGGCGUACCACAGCCAGGGCCGUCACAUGACUAUGGACUCUGGAAAGCAACAGGCUCUGACCAUGGGCCACUCCGGCCUGUCAAACCUCACUUCCUCUGGGGCGUCUUCUGGAGGAGCAACAGGAGGCGGCGGUGGAGGCAGUGGAAGUGGAGGCUUGUCUGCUAGCUCCAGCAGCUCCACGCUUCCCCAGCGGACUCUCACCAUGCCUAGCUCCUCUGCUUCUGCGGCUCAGAGUGCUGCUGCCGCCGCUGCAGCUACAGCUGCUGCAGGGGGCGCGUCAUCUUCCUCUGGCGGUGGGGCAGCAGGGACCUCAGGGGGGACCCCUGGAGGUGCCUCUUCUUCCUCCUCCAAAAUGGGAGGAUCCAGAGACUCUCUCCUGGAGAGCAGCUCUUCGGGAUUAGGCAGACUGCAGAAGCAGAGGGAUGGGGGGUCAGGAGCCUACUCCAAGUCCUACACACUGGUGUAGCCUGCCAAUAGCGAGGCCUGUCACUGUAACUCUUAAUACAAUGCUGGUUCAACCAGUGUUUGCCUGGAGCCUCUAUGGUGAAUCGGGGUGAUGAACAUACACAUGCACAGCUUACCCGUCAGUGCCUGUGCUGUGCCAGCCUGCAGGGAGCUGGUUGGGCUCCCAUCAACACAACUGUUUCAAGGGGUCAGAGCUGGGUGUCCACAGCACAGGGGCUUGCCUUUCUUUCUGCCUGAUUGUGUUCCGUUAUAUUUGUGUAAUUUCUCUCUUUCUCUCUCUCUCUCUUUCUAUUUUUUAAAUCACCCUGGAAAUCACUUUCCAAAACAAAAAUGAUUUAUCUGUUCAGUCUAUCUUCAUUUUCAGGCAAGGACACAGAACUUAUGCACAAAAUGCUUUUAACUUGCACUGUCUUGCUUUCUAUAACAAGACAGCCGUCGAUUGAACCAGGUUGCUUAAGAUGUGUUAAUUUUUUUUUUCCUUUUUAAAAAAAAAAGAAUAUGUAAUCUUUUUGUUCUCUGAUGGAAGAUUCGUUCAUAUCUCAGCGUUGUGCCACGGCAGGAUGCUUUUGCUGUAUGCACAAAUCCCCAGCCUCUGUGUUAGUCCAUCAUAGAUCCAUAUGUUAGAGGCAGAGGAAUGACUCUUGCACAUGCAAUGGAUGACCCAGCAUUGCGGUCAAAAUGGAAGAUUUUAUAGAAAGAGGAGCUAAAAAUGUCGAGCAUCAUUGAGUGAAAUCUAGAUUCUUUUUUUUUCUUUUUUUUUUAUUUAUUUAUCCAAAAGGUUUAAGUUUGUUUUCAGAUGAUGGAAGCAUAACCCCAUGUGCACAAGGAAACAGUUUGAAAGGAUCCAAGUAACAGAAAUGUCGUGAGUGCAUGAGUGAAUGCGUGUGUGCGUGCGUGUGCGUGGAUGUAUAUGUGUAAAUAUAUAUGUGUACAUGUGGCAGGCACACACCAACAAUGGACCUUUUUAAAAACCAAUCUGUAUGCUGAAUUCUUGGGCAGAAGUCUGUGUCUAAACAAAACAAAACCCUCCUCCCCAAUUUUUUUUUUUUCUUUUUGUAUCUAUGAAAACACAGAAUGAUAACGAUGACGCUGACAAUUUUACUAAAUUUAAACUUAAUUUGCUCUAGUAUUUAUUUAUUUUUUUCAGAUUUGAAUUUGAUGUCUGUUGCUAACAACAUGGUGAAGGUGAGUUAUAAAAAUGCUAAUGAAGGAGAGGGUCCACAAGCUUUCAUUUGAGGAUUAGAAAUGUAGUGCCUUGCAAAAGUAUUCACCCCCUUGAUUUACUUCACAUUUUGUCACAUUGCAACAGCCAACUUUAAAAUAUAUAUAUAUUGUGACUUUAUAAAAUAGACCAAUAGAGUAGCACAUAAUUGUAAAGAGGAAAGAAAAUGAUACCCAAAUUUAAAAUUAUUAUAUGCAUAUUGUAAUUUCAUUGCAUGGAGCGGGAAGUGGCUCAGGGUUUAGUCCCUGUACUUUGAGAAAAGUACAGAAAACUUGAGGAAUAAAACCUGUAAUUAGUUGCAAGACACUUGAGCCUGUCUCCCUGCGGAACAACUGCAUUAAACAUACAGCCAGAGCUGAAAUAUUCACAAGUUAGAUUUUCUAAUUCAAAACUGUAUUGUUUUCGUUCCAUUUCACAGUUAUAUGCUGCUUUUGUGUUGGUUUAUCACACUAAAUUUCUAAGAACUACAUUCAGGUUUGAGGUCGCAUCUAAGGAAAUAUGAAAAAAGUUAAAGGAGUAUUUAUAGUUUUGCAAGGCAUGGUGAGAGGGUCCUUUUUGUUUCCAUUUAUUUUUAUCUGGACAAAGACUUUAGAAAACUCCUUUACUGUUCACAAUCCCGUCAUUUCACCGUCGCCUUCACAACACCUCCAUCAUCCAUGCCUCUCCUUUCCUCCUGCCCCGUCCCCCAUCACAUUCAUACAGUGUCACUGUGAUGUACUGCUAGCAUGCUGGCCAGACAAGGACAGACCAACCGAACAAGAGAUAUCCUUUAUGCACGCCUGUGCAGAAAUUCUUAACUUUCAUUGAUGGCUUGAAUGCGCCACAUUCAGCAAUUUUUUUGAGAAAUAUAUUUGUAUGACUUUGAAUAAAUGAACAGGCAAUGAAAUUAUAUAGUGUUAAAAGAUUACUAUAUAAGACUGCAAAAAAAAAAAAAAAAAGAUCAAGUUUCUCCAACUUUUUCGAAUUUAAGUUUCAAUUCUAUGGUUGAAAUGUUUUGGAGUUUGUUUUCCUCUUUUGUUUUCAUUCUUCAUUUCUUAUCCCAAAGUUUGUAAUCUCAUAACAAUAAUUGUUCCAAAAAAAAAAAAAAAAAAAGAAAAAAAAAAAAAAAAAAGAGUUGCUCCAAAAGUUUUGCAUUGGUGAAACGUAACAUCAGGGCUCUCGCAAUAGAAAAAAGAUAUCAUAUAUGUUUGUUUUCCAAAAAAAAAGUAUGUACAUAUAUAUUUCUAUUCAAAUAUAUAGCAAAUAUAUGAAUAAAGAGCAGAGACAUAUAAAAGCCGUUCUAAUUGAAAAUAUAUAUUAAAAGAUCACAAGACAAUCGCUCCGAGUGAAGCAUCACACUAAAUGAUAAGGAGACAGGAAGACGGGAGGUUUAAACGGGUAGCACAGCUGUGGAUUAAAGACCUUGGAGAGAGAAAGUGGUGUGAAAGUUACUGGUGAAACUGGGACUUGAGAAAUGAGACGUUGACUCCCGUGUGAUUUUUGAAAAGGACAAGCGCAGGAAAGUGAAAAUAUAGUGCGAGACGUGUUGCUGGUUUAUUGUGGUCUCAGAUAGUGCAGGAAGUGUGGUGUCGCAAAAGAAAACGGUUAAAAGGAAAAGCUUAUAAAGUGAUUGAGCCUCUUGUGGUUUGUUGUAUUGUACCUUCCAAAUAUUUGUGUUCACAGACUCAACGCCACUACCAAACUACAACUAAUGAACACAAACAGAUUGCAUAUUUCUCCAGGCCAGAGACAGAUAUUACUGCGGAUAACUGUAAGAAUUUUUUUUUUUUUUUUUUUUUUUUUUUUUUUAUGUAUGUAUGUAUUUUGGAGUUCGAGAAUGGAUAUGUGUUGAUUUCUAUACAUAGUGUUAAGAUGCAUUUACUUGCCUUGUCAUUUUAAGUUAUGCAAACACUUGUCCUGGGAAGAAGAAUGAGUUUGGAAAAGGAUUAAGCCUGUUUUUUCCCCAUAAGGGCUUCCUUACUCCAACUACAUGGAUUUUGGUUGGAUUGAUGAAAUAAACUUUUAACCAACAUGCUUUCCCUCCAAUUUUCAGUCAGUUUGCCUAAAGUGAAUGUAAUAUGUUUCAAAGAAACUUCCACCCCAUCUUAAUUGCAAGCUGAUAUGGUGUGUGAAUUAAUAAUUCUGUAUUUAAUAAAAAUAACUUUUUCAUCAGGCUCGCACAAUUUUUGUAAAUUUGAGAUUUAUUUUCAAUUUGCUUUUUAAUCACUUUAAUUUGGGAGGUUCAAUGAUAAGGGUGCAAUAAAUGUAUAAAUCCCAUUAAUUUUAGGCUUUAGAUGAAUUAUUUCAGGACGGACUGACAAUAAAUAUGAAACUUCAAUGUUUAAAAAAAAACAAACAAUAGGUUCUGGAUGAACAUGUUUCCAUUUAUUGUGGCUUUUCUCCAAUCUACACAACUCCUCUGUAUGGUUUGGCUAAAUCUCACCUGGUUAGCUGCAUAGAAACCAUAUGCUGCUUGUCAACACCAAGACGACUUUUUAUGGCUCUGGGUGGAUGAAAGUGCCGUAAUUUGAGUUUGAUUUUCUGCCAUUGGCCUUCCUGUAAGCAAAAUACCUCAAGAAGGUAAAGUCACAGCAGCUCUUUGAGGUUAACGUUUGCCAAGCUGAUCCUUCCAAACAUUCGAAUUUAGCCAUGUUUCAAGCACAAACUGGAAAAGAGGUUACCUGCUCCAUAAGUGACACCCUGAAAUUAGGAGCCUGGAUGGACGGGCCAAGUGGCCUCUGGAGAAAGUGGUCAGAAGAGGCAAACACUGAGCUACUUGACCACAGGAACAAGAACUAUUUGUGCGCUGAUGUUUGAAACUUGGACAUAAAAUAAACUUUCAAAAGAAAGAGAUGUGAAAUAUCCACCCAGAAUCACAUCAGAACCUCGAUGACGGCUUUGAAAACUUUAGGACGGUGUAUGAAAAUAUUAGUAGUCUGAUAGUACGUCUGAGUAUGAAUGGGUAAUUUUGAUCUUGUUCAUGGAAACCCAUUCACCCAGUUCAAAAUGUUUCAAUCAUAGAUGUGUUGUAUAACAAUUCAGCGUUUUUCAAUUAAGUCCAUAACUGCAGCUACACAUAAUGUAUAACAUAAUGUGUAACUUAUGUGGGGUGGAUUUUUCUUUAAAAUGAUACAACAUGCUUUCAAACUGACCUGCAUACUGCCUUUAUUUCACAUUGGUUCCUUUCUACAUCUGUCAACCAAUCAGAACCUCUCCCCUCCCCUCCUCUGUAGCCUUUUGUCCACCUUUAUACAAUGAUUUCUACACCACAGGAAAGGACUUGUGUACAUAUGAAGUGUUUUGUAUAAAUGACUACUAUUUUCGACAUCUUCACUAGCAACCGGGGCACAAUGUAAACUCUGAAGAACAGGUGAUGUGAUGAAGAUUCAAUGAAAACUUAGAAUUAAACAAAUAACUGCUUUAUCCUCAUCCAUGGACCAGAUACAACAUGUCAGAAUGGACCAUGCAAUGUUAACUGAUAUUAUUUGAUUUUUAUUGGGCAUUUUGUUGCAUAGUUUAAAUUUUUAUUUUUGCAUUUAUUUCUGUUUUUACUUAAUCACAGCUUGUUUUUGUUUUUUUUUAUCUAGAGGUCCUUUUUUGUCAAUGAGCUUUUAUGGGGGUGGGACAGCAGCGUUGCAUGUUCUGAAAUUUUCCUGGUUAUAAAAGAGAAAAGGGGGACGAAGCGAAUUGAACAGACAUUAAUAAAAAAAUACGAAUUUUAAGAAUCCAGCAGUUGUUCUUUAAACUUUUAUUGGGAAACAUUGCUUCAGUUUGCAAUUGCUUGUGUUUAACCCUACAUUCGCUUUUCUAUCAAAACAAACAAAAGCGGAGGAAAAAAAAUCAAAAAGAGUACUUAAAACCUUGUGCAAUAAAGCUAUCUUUUUAUAAACUGUGAUGAUGUUUAUUUUUUCAGGUCUAUUUAGUAGCAAUGCUAAAAUAACAGGGAGUUUAUCGAGUGCUCCCCAUACCUUGAAUGUUUAGUCUGUUUUUUCCAGUAAAGUAAGCAAAAGCCGGAAAUAGCAAGUUUGUGAAAACCAUACUCAUCGAGACAAAAUGUAAAAAAAAGGUGUUUAUAGUUGAAUUUUUUUGUCAGGACAAGCUGUUAAAUAUAUGAAACAAACUCCUGAUCAAAGUCUUCAGAAUAGAA